GCGGCGGCCGCCAUUGGCCCCGUGCUGCCGGCGGGCGGGCGGGGCGGGCGGUUCAAACGGCAACGGCCGCGCCGGGCGCUGUGGCGGAGCGGUGCUGGGCAGAAGGGCAGGCGCCUGCUGGCCUCAGGAUGUCUGUCAGCAGCGAUGAGGAGAUUCUGAAGUACUACGAGUUGCGCGAAACGAUUGGGACGGGUGGGUUUGCGAAGGUAAAGCUUGGACGACAUCUUCUUACCGGUGAAAAAGUUGCAAUAAAAAUCAUGGACAAGCUUGCGCUAGGGGAUGACUUGCCUCGUGUUAAAACAGAAAUUGAUGCCAUGAAGAAUUUAAGUCACCAACAUAUUUGCCAGUUGUAUCACGUAAUAGAGACAUCCAAGAAAAUAUUCAUGGUCUUAGAGUAUUGUCCUGGAGGAGAGCUGUUUGAUUACAUUAUUUCCAAGGACCGUCUUUCAGAAGAAGAAGCUCGUGUAUUUUUUCGGCAGAUUGUUUCAGCAAUUGCUUAUGUUCACAGUAAGGGAUAUGCCCACAGGGACCUCAAACCAGAAAAUCUGCUGAUUGACGAGGAACAUAAUCUGAAGCUGAUAGACUUUGGGCUCUGUGCAAAGCCAAAGGGAGGCCUUGAUUACCAUCUGAACACCUGCUGUGGAAGCCCAGCGUAUGCAGCGCCGGAGCUGAUUCAGGGCAAAGCAUAUAUUGGAUCAGAGGCAGAUAUUUGGAGCAUGGGUGUACUGCUGUAUGCUCUGCUGUGUGGCUUUCUCCCUUUUGAUGAUGACAACGUCAUGGCAGUCUACAGGAGGAUAAUGAGAGGAAAAUAUACUAUUCCAAAGUGGCUCUCUCCUAGCAGUACGCUGCUGCUUAGCCAAAUGCUACAGGUGGACCCAAAGAAGCGGAUUACAGUUAAGCAUCUGUUAAGUCACCCGUGGCUCAUGGAAGGUUAUUCAGAUGCUGUCCACUGGCAAAGUAAAUAUCCACAGGGACACCUUGACGAGGACUGCGUGACAGAGCUUUCCGUGUUUCACAACCAGAGCAGGGAGAGAAUAUUGGAAUUAAUAUCAGAGUGGAAUUACGACCAGUUGUCAGCAACAUAUCUCUUGCUUCAAUCCAAGAAGGCUCGUGGCAAGCGCAUUCGCUUACGGGUUCCGUUGCUAACAGAGCAUGCUAGCACAACUCCCUCAGCAGGCCCAGAGUCUGAAAAAACUGUGACAUAUGGAGAUGCACCAGACUCCAGUGAAAUGCCGUAUGCAUUUGGAUCCAUGGAAUUUUCUGAUGCAGCUUCCCUGUUUGAAGAGUCUCCAUUGGAAGAGUUUAUUCUAAGUAGUCACGGAACAAAGCAGCAUUCAAGGCAUGAUGCUCAACUGGAUAAUACGGAAUUCACACUGUCAACUCCAGUGACAAGAAAAGUGGCAUCAAAGAAGCAUGCAAACAAAGAGAAUGUUGAUACAGAGUCAGUGUUAAAAAAUGAAAUGCCCUUUGCGCUUCCUGCUCCAAAGACUCCGCUCGGAAAGAGUCAGAUUGAGAAGCAAGGACAAGGCAUAUCCAUUCAAGUACCUGCCUGCAAAGAGAGCCAGUUCACAACAGUCACCCCAAUUAAGAAACCCAAAAAUCCAGCAAAUACAAACGAACUGACAGCAGCUGAGGUUCUUCCUGAGAGAAGCAGGUGUCACUCAGUGGAACUAGAUCUCAACGUAGCUCAUGUGGAUUGCAGCCAAAAGAAGAGAAAGGCCAAGAUAUUUGGAAGCCUUGAAAGAGGCCUAGAUAAAGUGAUCACAAUGCUUACACCGAGCAAAAAGAAACGAUCCACUAGAGAUGAGCCAAGGAAACUUAAGGCACACUAUAAUGUUACCACUACUCAGCUGAUGAAUCCAGACCAACUGUUGAAUGAAAUAAUCGCCGUCCUUUCAAAGAAGCAAGUGGAGUAUGUUAAAAAGGGUUAUACGCUGAAAUGCCAAACACAGUCAGAUUUUGGCAAAGUAACUAUGAAGUUUGAGUUAGAAGUAUGUCAACUCAGUAAACCUGAAGUAGUUGGUAUCAGGAGACAACGGCUUAAAGGUGAUGCUUGGGUCUACAAGAGACUGAUGGAUGACAUUUUAUCUAGCUGCCAAGUGUGACUGGUUGAUGCACAUGCUGAGAAAGAAGCAGUUUUGAAAGAAGCAGGCUUUAAUCAUCAUUCUAAAAAGAUCUGUUUUGGAGAGUAAUUAUUGAUCACAUUCACAGCUGUACUUGAGAAUCUGUCUUGUGUUUUUUAACCAUCCCUCUUUGUAUAUAUGUUUCCGUCAUCUUUUCCCUUUAUAAGAAACUUCUCAACUUUCGGUAUUUUAACUCUUCUGAAAUAAAAAUUUAAACUGUCUUUACCCCAA